UCCCCAAACUUCUGCCCCCUUCAUUUGCAGUCUUUAUUCUCCUCUGUCUGACUUCCAGUGUUCUUUGAGCAUUGCUCAUCUGGAUCCACCCUUUGCUUGCCUGCGCUUGCCCCACUCAUCCCCCUCACCUCUUCAUUCCAGCUAUCUCCCCUCUUUCAGUCCAGAUGAAGGGUCUUGCUUGACCUGAAACAUCCAUUGCCCGUUUCUCCCGGCAGAUGCUGCCUGACCUGCCGAUUUCCUCCAGCACUUUUACACACAAAACACCUUUUCUGUGGUCUCCAUGUUUCUUCCGCCAAUUGGCCUUCUUUGGAGUUUCAAGGACAACCUGCAUUUCGUGUUAUGGUAUACACCGUGUUUCAAUGUAUUAAAUUGGAACUCUGCUCAAUGAACUGAGUCAAUUUUGAAGCGUGUGGUUUGCUUUACUUGUAAAAUGGUGUGUUCCUUUCAGCCAAAGUUCUGUGACGAUAUUUCGGGGUUUUCCUGCAUCCGGUGACUCUCAAUACCGCACUAUGUGUGACAGCAUCAUGCUUCGUGUGUCAGUCCUUCGUAAGAUUAGUUAAGAAUUUGUUUCAUUCUUUUGCGAUGAAAUGCUCUAAGGUCGGCACCCUUUCAAUGAAAAUGUACAGUCGCGGAUCGGGGAGAGCAGCAUAUCCAGGCUUCAGGCUGGUGGAGGAGCAGAUUCCAUCUGUUUGCAGACGUUGGUUUAUGCUGCAGGGAAUGAGGUCGCCUGAGGGAACUCAUGAAGCGCAGCCGGGACUGAAACCCUGUGCCACACACAUCGACAGAUGGCGGUGUUCUGAAUUCAUCCACGCUGUGGUUUACUCUAAGGACUGGAUUUUGCAUAAACGGGAACUUUGUCACCGAUCGUGUCACAAAAUUUUCUGAAUUCUUCUCACUUUACUGAAGAAAUUUCCUCCAGAGAUAAAGAAAAAAGUUUUCCCCUCAGAAACAAUAAAAUGGAGUAACUUUAAACCAGGCUGAAGAAUUUAAACCUUUCAUGUUGAACACACUCCCACCCUCAAAAGUCAAGCCGCCAAUACUUUAAUUCUUUUGGCUGUGAGAAUAGAUGUUGCAGUGUAAACAAAAAAAAAAGCCUUUGAACAGGGAGAUGAAUCCGGGCUGACGCAGGGAACCAAUUGGAACAUCAAGCCCUCCUCCCUGCGGCUCCCUGUGGUACAGUCUUGGCUAACCCGCUAUUUAAACGGCGGCUUUGCCACUCUCAACACGAAAAGCAACCCGUUUUUCCGCGGUGUGCGAUCGUGUUCAAGAUCCCAACCAUCUCCUCUCAACUUCUGCAAACUUUAGUUUUCCUCCCCCGUUCAACUUUCUGGCUUGCUUUGAGCUCCCCCCCUCCCCCGCCUCUCCUCUCCCCAUCUCUCGCACGGGUAAGCCACUCAACUGCUCCCAAAGAUGAUAUUUGCUUCAACCGGUCGAGUCUUGCUGUACUUGACGUGGGUCUCCCUCGUCCUUGGCAGCACGGUGGAUGUCAGCGUGCUGGUGCUGCUGCCGGUGGAGAGCACGUACCUUUUCUCCAUGAACAGAGUCAAACCUGCCAUCGACUACGCCAUCCAGAACCUGGCGCAGUCCAAGCUGAACUUCAGCGUGCGCUACCUGGACUCUGAAUGUGGCAACAAGGCUCUUUUUCAUCUGGUGGACACCAGCUUGCUACAGAAACCCGAUGUCAUCGUGGGUCCCGUGUGCGACUACGCGGCGGCGCCGGUCGCCAGGCUGGCUUCCCACUGGAACAUCCCAAUGGUGUCAGCCGGUCCUUUGGCGGCCGGCUUCGUUCACAAAGUCCCCGAGUACUCGCAUCUCACGCGGGUCUCCCCGUCCUAUUCCAAGAUGGGCGAGAUGUUCCUGGCCAUGUUCCAGCGCUACAGGUGGAAGAGGGUAUCCCUGGUGUACGCCGAAGAUUUCGAGGAGAGGACCUGCUUCUUCACAGUGGAAGGGGUCCAUAUCGCUUUCCUCGGUGCAGACUAUCACAUGCAUUCUAUUAGUGUCUUUGAUAAGGACGAUCAGUUUGACGACAUCGUGCAGGAUAUCCGGAACCAUGCCAGGAUUGUGAUUAUGUGUGCAAGUAGUCACACCAUCCGUAAGAUUAUGCUCGCAGCCCACCGCCAGGGAAUGACCAACGGAGACUAUGUAUUCUUCAACAUCGAGCUCUUCAACAGCAGCUUAUAUGGAAAUGGCUCAUGGAAACAAGGAGAUAAAUUUGAUCUUGAAGCCAAACAAGCUUACCAGUCACUCCAAACUGUGACUCUACUGAAGACAGCAAAGCCAGAGUUUCACAAGUUUGCUGCUGAUAUGAAAAACAGAUCUCUCCAUCAUUAUGAUUUGACAUAUGAAGAUGAUAAUGUAAACAUGUUUGUUGAGGGGUUCCAUGAUGCCAUUGUACUUUAUGCCAAUGCACUUCAAAAGGUUCUGAAACGAGGAUACAGUAAAAACAAUGGAUCAGAAAUUGUACAGAUGAUGUGGAAUACAACCUUUGAAGGCAUAGCAGGCCAGGUGUCAAUUGAUGCCAAUGGAGACCGAUAUGGAGAUUUCUCUGUGAUUGCAAUGACUGAUCCUGCAACUGGCACGCAAGAGGUAAUUGCUGAUUACUAUGGCUUGAAUGGAACCUUUCAGCUUAGGCCAAAUGUGAGACUUCUGUGGGCAAAUGGAAUGCCACCUCCAGAUGAACCGAGCUGUGGUUUUUCCAAGGACAAACCUGCCACCUGUAAAUCAUGUGGUCUUGGAGAGUCCGCGGUCACAGGCAUUGUAGUUGGCUCACUGCUGGGAUGUGCACUACUGCUCGCUUUUUACCUGUUCAGGAAGAAAUAUAGGAUAACCGUUGAGAGACGAGGUCCAGUGCACGAAGCUGAACCUGGUCCCCACUGCUGCCACCCACUGCUAUGCUUCCUCCUUCAGCUGAGAGCACGGGAUGACCUGGGUCACAAUCUACUCCAUUGUCACCAUUAAUGCCACACUAUACAUGGUCAACAGGAAGUGCACGCCUGCAGGACAGGACUGGUCCUGCCAGUUCGUCCUCGAGCUGAGACGGAAUAUAUUAUUGCUUCCAAGCCUUGGCCUACUCAAGCACCCACUGAUGUAUAGCUUUCAUUAUUUUGUUUUCAUGUAGAAUGUGAAUAUUUUUUGGAAGGGAAGUGUAACUUCUCCCAUGCAUUAACUAUAUUUGUUGUGGCUUCCUACAUUACAAAACAACCUACCCAUAUCUUUCAAGUGAAAAGAUGCUCUCCAUUAGUAGCAUCAUAUUAUGCACGAUAUUAGGUUGAACAGAAAUGUACGAACAAAUUCUGGAGAUUUUACGAACAUAUAUCUUUAGCUGAACAUCUUUUCAGGAAGUACUUUAUUUAGAACCUAGCUCUAAUUCUUUAACAGGAUUUGGUGUCAACGAAUUGUUGACAGGACUCUUGGUAAAUGUUAAUUUACUGAUAAUUUCUACAAGUCAAUUCCCAUUGAUUCAGAUGAUUAGUUAAUUAAAGACUUGCAUGAGAAGCAACCCAUGUUUGGGCAGUGUGCAAGUUGUACAGCAAGGCAGAUGUCUGAUACAUCAGUGAUCACUGACAUCAUUAUUACAGGAAUAAAUUAUUAAAAUAGAUUCAAUUAAAUAUCAAUUGACUGAAAGCUUUAAAAGGUUCUGAAUAAAGUAUCUUGAUUUUAAUAUGGAUUCCAAAGGGCAUUAAGUGAGUUAAAGUUUACAUUAAAGGGAGGUCUGAGAUGAAAGUAUUAGAAUCCAAUUAUCAGUAAUUAAAUCUAGAGACAGCAAAGGCACGGAUGAAGGUAUCAGCAGGAGGUGAUGUAAGGGACUGGCUAUAGUUGAUAGUGAGGAGAGCAGAUCAGAGUGAACUGAGCAUCAGAUGCCAAGACUGACAGCAAUGCUGACGGUUUCAUUUAGUCAUUAGGGAGAGGGAUAAAAAUACCGAAUAGAAAAGAGGAGUUGUUUGUAAACACCUCUGAUCCAUUUUUUCAGUAAAAUUGUGAUUGAUCUGAUAUUUGAUCUCACAUUCUUGUACAAUUCCACUCUCCUUGAUUCCCUUCUAGUCAACUUUAUUCCGCUUGGAUCUCAGACGUAAUGUACACUGAAGACAAAAGUUUUGAGCAAUGAAUACUAGAUGUGCUAUACCACCAGCAUGAUCAAUUGGAGGCAACUGAACGUUUGAGACUGGUAAUAAAGUAGAAUGGGGAAUGGUUAGUGUAUGCAGGGAAGUUGCCAAUGUGACUUUCAAUGACAUUGCUGGGAGAUGAAAUAGAAAAAUCUAGGACUAAGUCUUCUUUUGUGAUUACUACAUGUGUCUUUAAUACUUUUCAUUAGUUUUGACAUUCUUCUAAUUGUCAUUGAUGUUUUUUAACUAAACCUGUGUGACUCUCUGGCUCUAUCUUAUCUAUCUUUGUUCUGUUAGAAUGUAUUCCUUUAACCUUUUAGGAUAUUAGAAAACUUCCUCUGAUGUGGGAAUGAAGAGCUGCAAUUUAUGCAUGUUUUGACCAACACUUAAUAACCCUGGAAUUUGUUCUCAUCCUCUUGUUUCUCUCCUAUCUCGUCCAUGCCAAAUCUGAAGCCAUUUUGUGAACAGGACACACUGCCUGCCACUCAAUACUGCUUCCAUUAUACCAGUCAUCAUCCAAUUCCUUUUCAGAAUGUUAGGCUAACUAAUCUCAUAGGACAUAGACAGUACAGCACAGUGCAGGCCAUUUGGCUCCCAAUAUUGUGCUGACCUUUUAACCUACUCCAAGAUCAACCUAACCCCUCCCACAUAGCUAUCCAUUUUUCAUUCAUCAAUUUGCCUAUUCAAGAAUCUCUUAACUGCCCCUAUUGCACCUGCCUCUACCACCCUCACCAUGUGCUUGGUACCUCCAGUCUUGAACAUUCUGAUGCUUGCCCCACUGGCCUCCAGCUUUGAAUGAAUGGAUGCUACUUAAAAUGACCACAGCUCCCAUCAGAACUUGCUGCUGGCCUCAUUCAUCUAUGUGUAUUUAGUCAGGUUUACUCCUGCUCCAACUUUAUUUAUUUAUUUAGAGAUACAAAGCAGAACGGGCCCUUCUGGCCCAACUCAGCAACCCACCUAUUUAACAAUGACCAAUCAACCUACCAAUCGGUACUUCUUUGGAUUGUGGGAAGAAACUGGCGCAGCUAAUGGAAACCCAUGCGGUUCAUAAGGAGAACAUACAGACUCCUUACAGAUGGUACUGGAAUUUAACUCUGAACUCUGGAUCACCUUGAGCUGUAAUAGCUUCGUGCUAACUGCAAUGCUACCGUGGUGCCCUAUGAUUGAAAAUUUCAGUCUUGUUUUUAAAUAUCUCGAUAGACCCAGACACUUCCAACACUCCAUCCUGGCAACCUCAUGUCUCCUUGACUUCAUUGAUCCUCCAGCUCUGGCCACUUAUCUCUUCUUUAUAUAAAUUGUUACAGAGUUUGGGGGCCAAGCCAACUGCACAUGUAUUGGCUUUGGUCCCAAACUCUACAAACGUCCACCUUUUGCUUUCCAUCUAUCUUCUGUAAGAGGCUCCUUAUCUCUCCGACUGAGCUUUUGGCAAUUUACCCUGAUGGUCCUCUCUCCUUCUCUGUAGCUCAAUGUAAAGUUUAGAACAUAGAACACUACAGCACAGUACAGGCCCGUUAGCCCAAGAUGUUGUACUGAUCUUAUAACCAACUUCAUGAUCUAACCCUUCCAUCCUACAUUGCCCUCUAUUUUUCUAUCAGCUUUGUACCAUUUUCCCCUCACACACCUUCACUUUUCCUCAUCUGCCCUUCUCUGGUGCCCCUCCCCUUCCCUUUCGUUCAUAUUUGAUAUUACUGUUAUACUCCUUGAGCCCUUUCAUUGUGGUGGAGUGCUAUACAAAUGCAGUUGGUACUCGUUGUGACGAGGUAGUUGCAAAUUGGAGUGGAAAUUAAAACAAGGAUUGACAAAGCACAUGAUGGCACGUUGGUAGUCUAUCUAAAGAGCAUUAGGUCUCAAGGUGCUCUGCUGCAAAAGUCCCUGAUAAAAUCUCAUUCACACAAAGUAUGUGCACCUUCUGUUUUGGUGUAAGUGAACAUUAUGACAGGUUUCAUAUUCUUCUUGGUUUCCUCAAGAGCUUUGGCUCCCUCUAAUCAAACUCUGUUUCAGGAUGUUUUAUCUUCUUUGGCCGAAGUGUGUCUAUGAAGAUCUACUGAUGCAUUAAGUAGGUUCAUGCCUCAGAUUUGGGAUAGGAUUUCUGGUAGAACUUCCAUAUGAAUGAAAUUUGGCUGUGCCACAAUUUCAUUGUGUGUUAGAAACUCGUACUUGGAUAAUUAUUCAUAAACUGUAAGGAAUUUUGCAAUUCAAACAAAUCUAUGUGGCUGUUGCCCUGCCUCAAACAUGAGCAGCUACAGGGCGUGAGUAAAUAAACCUCGUGAUAUGUUUGAUAGCUGUCAUUUUAUGAAUAUUCUAAGAGAAUAUUAGUAGCAUGAGUUUUCCCAUGAGUAUGGACGGAAAGCUUGGAUGGAUUUUUUUAAAAUCAAAUCACUUCAGAAAAAAAUUAUGCAAACAAGGCAUUUGAAGAUAUCAAUAGCAAUGUGUACUUGUGAAGCUUUGUUUUUGACUUUUAAAAAUGAAAGAUAUCCAUGCAUUUUCUGUUGCUGACAUUGUAAAUAAAAAGCUUUUACUUUGGGGCAAUCACUUUAA